AGGCAUCAGUUGCUUGCUAAUCGCCUUUCGAUAUAAUUCAACAGAACUAUUACAUAUCAAAAUGUUCGCUAAAUUGAUCAUCAUCGCCACCGUGGCCAUCGCCAGCGUCGCUGCCAAGCCAGGACUGCUCGCCGCUCCUGCAGCAGUAGCCUACUCGGCUCCCCUGGUAGCAGCGGCUCCAGCCAUUGCCUACACCGCCGGAUAUGCCAACGUGGGUGACUCCGCCGUAGUUACCUCGCACAACUCCCAGCUCAUUGACCCUUCGUACGCUGCCUACACGGCCGCCGCUCCGUUGGCGUAUUCUGCUGCUGCCAUUCCAGCUUUGGCCGCCGCCCCAUAUUCCGCCCGUCUUGCCUAUGCUGCGCCGUUGACCACCAGAUUCGUGCUGUAAUUUAAACCAUGCUGUGAACGCAUUGUUCUAAGUUAUACCGUUUUCAAUUGGAUUGAAUUGAUGUUAUUUCUUAUGUAACUAUUAAAGUUUUUACUCUGAUAAAACAA